CUACACCGGGCGGCAGUUCGGCGGCAACGUUGGCUGUCGUUGCACCUGUGCCUAACAUCGGAGAAGGGAUUGUGCCUAGUCACUGCCCUUCUUCGUGUGCAGUACAGGUUCUAUCCACACCGGGCGGCAGUUCGGCGGCAACGUCGGCUGUCGUUACUCCUGUGCCUGACACCGGAAAAGGGCUUGUGCCAAGUCACUGCCCUUUUUCCGGUAUGGCAAAGGAUGUAUCAACGACUAAAACUCUUUCUCAAGUCGGUAGUGGAAAGUUCGUGAAAAAUGAUCCUUCCACUACCAAAGAGAGUAAACCUCUCCAGAAUGCUCCUAGGAGCUCCUAUAAACAACGGCGCUAUGCGAUGAGGAUUCUAAAAUCCUCUGGUUCAUCACUGGGGGAUGGAAGUAAUCCCAUCCUUAGCAAGAGGCAGGAGUGGGCUAAAUCCAUUCUGGAUAAAACCAGUCACCAUGACUCCACGUCAAAACGACAAAGAUCUUUGGAGGAGCCCACUCCCGUCCCUAAAAAGCCCAAAGUGCAAAACACCAGCACUCCUAACAUGGCCAGAGUACCACUCACUAAACCUUUCAGUGAUGUACUCAAAGAGCCUAAAAAGAUCAUAGUAGCGGUCAUUGAUAGGAGCAAUAUUGAUGGCACGAUUACUUCUGACCGUUGGCAGAUGGUGAAACUGGGGCUCUCGGCUGGCUUUCUCAAAGUCAUGAGAGAGCAUCCGGGUCCACCACCAGUAACAAGCGAUUGGGGUUGGCAUCAAGGUCAUGUCAAACUCAUCGCUUGUAACGAUCAGAGGUCGCGCGAUCUAUAUACGCUUGCUGUCGGCAUGCUGGGCGAAGUCUGGCCAGGCGCAAAACUCGAGGUCGUUGCAAAGGAAGAUAUUCCUUGCAGGCCGAGAGCUCGCGCAUGGAUCCCGAUAGAACCCUCUUGUCCAGAUGACAUUAGCGCAAUGAUCAGGAUCAGCAACCCGAACCUCCCUUGUCACGACUGGAAGAUCGCGAAACUGGAGGAGCCAAAGGGUCUUUAUAGAAGUGCGAUUAUCGUAAUCAAUAAAGACUCUGUGGCUCCUCUGGCGCGAGAUAAGGGCGUGAUAAGAUACGGUUUCGAGUCAGUCACGCUCCGCGUAUAUAAAAAAGAUGAGGCAGACGCUUCAUGCGAGCCUCCACAACCUCCUUCGAAGGCUGUGUCGCAAGACGUA